CCUCCCAUGGCUUCCUCUUUAACGGCCACCCCAUUGCACUAAAUUCCCAAUACGCUCAAUUUUCAAACAUACCAACAUGCCCUUGGCCAUGUCUCUCUUCAAAACCCUUAUUUCCCACCACUUUCAGACCCUCUUCAAGCCCCAAAACCCUCUUCGCUGUUCUCAAGUAAUCAAUUCAUUCUCAUACAAAUCUCUCCCACGUCCCUCACUAUUUUACAGUUCCACAACAUAUUCACCCCGACUCGACGACGGGAUUGAACCAGCAGAAGUUAAUGAUCAGAAAGAAAACAAGAAACCAUUGGAUGUGAUGUUCAAAGAAGCCGUGAGUGAGAGAUUGUGCGAAAAUGCUGAAAGCAGCGAGAGUGGAAGUGAAGAAGAAAACAAGGAGCUGAAGAGCAGACUGAGGGAAUUGGAGAGGGAGGUGAGAAGGCUGAAAGCAAAAUCUAGUUGUAAAGACGAUUUGAAAAAGAAGGAAUCGAAGAAAAGUAAGCGCAAGAGUUUGUAUGCAGUGUUUACGAAUCAAGAGAGUUGUAUUGAAAGGCACGCGGAGAGGAUAAGGGAAGAGCCGGAGGUUUAUAAAGAGCUUUCACCGGAUAUGGAAGUGUUUGUGAAUCAUUUGUACAAGGAAGGUUACUUUAACAACGCGAAUUUUAUGCGAGGGAAUAAGUUGGAAUUUGGUUGUUUUGAGAGUAGGUAUGGCCGGGGAUUUUUAAAGUUUGCUGCUGAGAAGUUUGGCAAGGACAACCAAGAAAUUGCAAAAUGGUUGUCAGGCAGUGACUUGAAAAAGGUUGCCCUCUUUGGUUGCCCUUCCCUUGCAAGAAAGAAUAUUUUUGCUGCUAAAAGACUCAGAAAGGUUCUUGAAAUUCAAGAAAACACAGUUUGCACCAAAUGCAUCCUAAAGCAAUCGUGCAAGUUUGCAAAUCAAAGUGUGUGGAAAGGUGACACCAAGAAUCUAAAUUUGGCUGUUGUUAUGAGGGUUAUCACCUUGUAUGCUUUGGAGGAGGUGCCCCCAGAGCUGGCAGUACCCAAUGAAAUAAAGGCUUCUGUCAGUAAAUUGCUGAAGGAGGUUUUGAAGCUAAGUCAGAGUACCUCAUGAAAGCAUACUGGCAUUCUGUCAGGACCUGCAUGUUGUUCCAGGUAACAGCCCCUUGAUGCUAGAGAAGUUUUUUUAGUAAAAUCAGGCUAUUAAUGUUAUGUUUUAUAUCAAACAGUUGUUAUUUUGUGCUUGAAGAUUGCAAAUAGAACUAGAAUUUGUUAGUUAAAUUAGAAUUAGGAUUAGGCAGAAGUUAAAUUUGGAUUAUAGAUUUCUCCUCAAUUACUUCGUCCUGCAUCACCCCUUCAAAAUCACAUUGCCAUUGCCUUGCUCCUUUCUUUUCUCUUUAAAAUCACCCCUUCAAAAUCAGAUUCAACGUGGGGCUAUUGACUUUAA